AUGAUAUCCACAGAGGAAGAAGACAACGAGAUUUUCAAAGAGAUACGUUCAUGCAGCUUCCGUAUAGACGUACAUACGAACCAUAAUCAGCGAGAAUUACCAACAAACAGAGGUUAUGGCUCAAAUGUCAAGACAGUUUUGAAUAUAAUUAUAAAGGAUCUGCAGCCCUUACAUUCUGUGACAAGACGUUAUCUCACAAGGACUCUACAAUCCUCUUUAGAUGUUCAGUUAAGUGCCUCAUGGAUCCGAAAUGAACUUCAGAACCUUUACAGGCACAAGAGGGUGGAAGUACAGAAUGCAGUCAAUAAUGCAAGUAACCUCGCUCUCUCAGCGGAGUUGUGGAGAUCCAGUGAGAAGGGGUUUUACCUGACAGUGUCCUGUCACUUAAUCAGUGAAAACUGGAAGCUGAAAUCGCAUGUGCUAGAUACAGCCCAUUUACUCCUCAAGCAUACAGCAGAGAAUGCAGUAGAGCACCUUUUGAGAAUUUCAAACGAGUGGAACGUCACAGAAAAAACUCAGAUUGUGGUCACAAAUAUUGACGGCAUAAAGAAGGCCCAUAACAAUGGAUGCAGAUGGACCUAUAUACCUUGUUUUGCUCAUACUUUGGAUAGAGUUUUCAGAGAAACCAUACAGGGAACUGACUGCGAAUCUGUACUCAGGAAAUGUCAGCAGAUAGUUGCGUUUUUCCACCAAAGUGACAAAGCCUCGCAAAAUCUCCAGCAGCACUGUGCUUCUCUCAAUCUCAGGCAAAGUGAACUGACUCAAUCCUGUGGUCUAAAUUGGCUUACUACUCUCCAUAUGCUGAAGAACAUCUCAGAGCAGUGGCAAGCCAUUUUUAAGGUUUUUGUCGACAGACAAGUGGAUGAUCUUUGCCUGAAUGAGAAUGAAAGAAAAAUAAUGGAAAACACUGUGGCAGUGCUAAAUAUUCUGAAGGAUGUCACAGAGCAAGUAGGAAGUCAAGGGUUCAGCCCAAUCUCAAAAAUCAUACCGCAUGUCCAAAAACUGCAGGAGAGGCUGAUAAACCAAUGGAUGGUGGGGAAUGGAAUAGCGAAGAAACUGUCAGAAAUAUGUGACUAUCAUAUUGGCAACAUCAAGAAAAACCUUUGGUUUAGAGUUAGCACAGCACUGGACCCGCGAUACAAAACUAGCGUGCUGCAGGACUCUGGAAUUGAAGAUAUCACAGCAGAAAUCAGGAAACAGAUCAGAGGAUCUGCAGAGCACUGCAGUCGUGACACUGAAAGUGAAGAGUCAGUCUUUCAAAAGUACUGGAAAACAACAUGCAUUUCAGUGAACCCUCUUGAUUUCUGGAAGAGCAAUGAAGAGUUUAAAAAACUGGCAACAGUGGCCCGCAAGUACCUCACAGUGGUCUCCACUGCUGUUCCAAUGGAACGUGUGCACCAGCUGCAAGAAUCCCAGCUUGUCGACAGUAGAAACUGUCUGGAGCCAGAAAAUGUCAAUAUGAUCCUGUUUUUGAACAGCAACCAAUGAAGUAAAC